GCGGUGGCUCUGAGAACACGGGUACGGUCUUCUGGUUAGUCUCGUCGUGGUGCGUUUCCACACGUCACGUCGUAAGAAAGAAGGGCAAAGCGAGGCAAAAAAAAAAAAAGAAAAACGUCAACGAGACCCGUCGAGAUCGGUGGCGUAAUCGUAAACGUCCGUCGCUCGUUUACGAGGAAAAAAUCGAGAUAACGGACGAGCGGGCAGAUCCGCCGAGGAUCCCUCAGCGCCUCGUACUCGUCUAACGCGUCUCUGUUUCCGGUGAUAUCGUGUCCAAAAGCUGCGGAGAAGCUGCAACUCUUCUUUGGUACCAGGAUUCCGCAGCGGGAGCCGCGCAAGACGAGCAUCAACAGCCGCCAGCGACUAGGACGCGGUGUUUCGUAACGCGUUUGGCGAAGAAACGCGAUAGAGGUAGAUCCACCGGCAACGGUGGACGGCAUAUCCUCGUCGAAGGCGUUCGAAUAGGUCGUCCCGGCGGGUAGGAUUCAUCGUGGGCGAGCAAGAGCAACCGGAAGCACCGCCAUGCCGGCAGGUAUUGGCGCUUCGUACAGGUCGUUAGGCGACCUGGGCGAAGACGUAUACAAAAGCACGACGAUCGUCGACCAGACACAGACCACCGGACAGAGCGUCCUCGAGAGUGUCAAGAAGGCUUUCAGUUUCGCCGCGCCCAAGGUCGAGCUCAGGAAAAAGGACCCGCUGAUCGAGGACCGUCGUGAGAGCGUCUCGAUCGUCUCAAGGGAAAGAAACAGGAUGCCGAGUGCCGCCACAGCCGAGGAAUCAGCACUUUUGGGCACGAUGCCUUCAGAUAGUAUGGACGACAUCGAGUUGAAAAAUAUUCAACUCCAAUUUCCUGCGCUAAGAUAUUUGUCGAGAGAUGAUAAUUCCGUGCGAGAAGAGAGGGUGGAGACCGACAAAGGAACUUUGCUGGUGGGUGUACAAGGAAACAGAGCGAAACCUGCCAUUCUCACUUAUCACGACUUAGGCCUUAACUAUAUAUCGAGCUUCCAGGCAUUCUUCAAUUACAUCGAUAUGCGAGUUUUACUUGAAAACUUCUGCGUUUAUCAUGUUAACGCACCUGGUCAAGAGGAGGGUGCACCGACGCUACCUGAGGAUUACGUUUAUCCGUCCAUGGACGAACUGGCAGAGCAGCUGCUCUUCGUCUUGGGCCACUUUGGCCUGAAGUCCGUAAUCGGUUUUGGAGUCGGCGCUGGAGCUAACAUACUAGCCAGAUUCUCGCUUGCUCAUCCUGAGAAAGUCAAUGCUCUGUGCUUGAUAAACUGCGUAUCGACGCAGGCAGGUUGGAUCGAGUGGGCUUACCAGAAGAUGAACGUUCGUCACCUGAGAUCGCAGGGCAUGACUCAAGGUGUCCUGGACUAUUUGAUGUGGCAUCACUUUGGCAGAGGCACGGAGGACAGGAACCACGACCUCGUUCAGGUGUACAAGAACUACUUCGAGCGUCACGUGAACCCAACGAACCUAGCGCUACUCAUCGACAGCUAUGUUCGCCGUUCAGAUCUGAACAUCACGAGGGAAUUAGAUCCGAUACGUAAAAAGGAAGGCCUUACCCUCGGUGUACCUGUCAUGAACAUCACCGGGGCUCUUAGCCCGCAUGUCGACGACACCGUGACGUUAAACGGACGAUUAGAUCCGACGAACAGCUCGUGGAUGAAGAUUUCUGAUUGCGGAAUGGUGCUGGAGGAGCAACCGGGCAAAGUAAGCGAGGCCUUCCGACUGUUUCUUCAGGGCGAAGGAUAUGUGGUGAAAUCCCCGCGGAAGCCCGUGACGCCGACAACACCCGAAGUGGCACCGCUCUCACCAUUGAAGAUGGCUGACUACAGACUGGCUUCCCUCGAGGAACUGAACCACGUUUGCAUUAAGAAACUCGACCGGCCCACCGCGACUAUACACAUCACCGAGAAUCCCAUAUCGGAGGCGGUCGUCUGCUAAAUCCUCGUUUAUAAACUUCACCAUCGCCAUUUUGAUUGUUCUCGAACGACUAAACACACGCAAGAACUUAAAAAAAAAAACAAAAAAAAACAAACAAAAUGCACCACGCGAAUCGAACGUUGGUUUCCUCCAAGGUUUUAUCGUCGGGGCAACGAUCGACGUGGCAUUAAUUUUUUAAUUUCGUGAAACCAGCAUCGCGUCUAAUUUUAAUUUAAGCGUUACGUUUA